UCCCUCCGGUCGUGGCGCUGCUAUAAAGCCUCAACCGGCAUGAUCGCGACGCCUGCGGUCCCUUCUUCGGUGCCUGACCCAGCGCUAGGCAGCGUCUUUGUCCUCAAGCACCAUGCAGCUGCUUCGUGCUCUGCUGGCGCUGGCUUACGCAGUCAGCUAUACCACAGCCGCACACUGGUGCUAUGAGAUCCAGGCCAAGGAACCCAACAGCCACUGCCAGGGACCUGCUGACUGGACUGGGGACUGUAAGAAGACCCACCAAUCCCCCAUCAACAUUGCCACCACAGAGGCCAAGGUGAACCCCAACCUGAAACCCUUCACUUUCAUUGGCUAUGACCAAAAGAAGAAGUGGGUUGUCAAGAACGAUGGACACUCAGUGAAAAUGAUGCUGGGGAAUGGAAGCUUCAUUGCUGGAGGAGACCUGCCUACACAGUACCAGGCUGUACAGCUGCAUCUGCACUGGUCGCAGGAGUCUGACAGGGGCUCAGAACACAGCAUUGACGGGAAACACUUUGCCAUGGAGAUGCACAUCGUACAUGAGAAGGGGGCAUCGAGCAAUAAAGAGAAGGAUUCCAAGGACAAGAUUUCGGUGCUGGCAUUCAUGGUCGAGGUGGGAGACGAGAUGAACCCGGGCUUCCAGCCCCUCGUGGAGGCGCUGUCCCAUAUCUCCAAACCCAAUACAAACGCCACAAUGAGGGAGAGCUGUCUGCAGGACAUGCUUCCUAAGAAGGAGGAACUGGUUCACUAUUUCCGUUACCCGGGCUCACUGACCACCCCGGACUGUGACGAGACGGUCAUCUGGACGGUGUUCAAGGAACCCAUUAAGCUCCACAAAGACCAGUUCCUGAAAUUCUCCAAGGAGCUGUACUAUGACGAAGAGAAGAAACUGACUAUGAAAGACAACGUGAGACCCCUGCAACAGCUGGGAAACCGCCAGGUGUUCAAGUCCCAUGCCCCGGGACAGCUGCUGUCUUUACCCCUGACUACCCUGUUGGUCCCUACACUCACAUGUUUGGUGACCAGCUUCCUCCAAUGACGGACUACUUCUGGAUAUGUGACCUCUGACCUAUAGAGGACAUGGCUUCGCUUUCUUUGCAGGUUGGACUUUGGGGACUGUUAAAAUACGAGUAGCUGGCUGUGGAGGUGUACACCUUUAACCC